AAUGUGCUGCGGAAUGCAGCCGCUUAGAUGUACGCCAGCAGUCGGAGGCAAUAGAACGCGCAAUCGGUGCUAUCUCUCUAUCUCAAGGAGCGCAUAUCUCAAGGAGUAGCUGUGAAGGAUACUCCUAUAAACGGUCAACCAUGGAAGCGGCAACAAGUGCGAGUGCCAAAGUGAUGGUGGAUUUGAAACAUCCUUGGAUGAUGGCGGAUCCGUGGUUCAUGGUUGCCACGCUAGGCAUAUAUCUGUACUUCGUGACGUCGGUGGGUCCACUAUUUAUGCAGUUCCGCAAGCCCUACGAGCUCAAAAAGCUGAUUAUAGCCCACAACGUGAUCCAGGUCGUCUCCUGCAUAUACAUCAUUAGAGAGAUUUUCUAUCUGUCGGACAAUUCCAUAUAUAUUUUCUGGAAAUGCCGAGACCUCGGCAGCAGUCCCGAGAUGGUGAGGCGCUACUAUGAGCUGGCAUACUUCCUCUUUUUUCUGAAGACGUCGGAGCUUUUGGAGACGGUGAUCUUUGUGCUGCGCAAGAAGCAGAAUCAAGUGUCAAAUCUGCACCUUUUCCAUCACUUGUCCACCCUGACGCUAGUAUAUAUUCUCAUACACUACAACCAGAAUGGUCUUGCUGCUUACUACGUCGUCUUCCUCAACUCCGUUGUGCACAUCUUCAUGUACUCGUAUUACUUAGUGGCAGCGGUGGCCGAUAAGAGCACUAUCCGCGCUCUGACGCCCGUCAAGAAGUUCAUUACAGUGAUUCAAAUGGUGCAGUUUUGCCUCAUAUUGACCCAGGCGGCGUUCCAGACUGCAUUUUGCGGCGUUCCGAAAGUAGUUUUUGGCUACUUCACGUUUGUUAUAACGGUCAUGUUGUAUGGCUUUUAUGACUUUUUUACGAGAGCCUACAGUAGCCCAAAGCAUGGCAAGAGCGAAUCUUCUGUGGAGUAAAUAUAUGAAUAAGAACAAUACAUUCGUCCGGACCAACAAA